AUAAGACAUUUAAUACGUUGUUCCUCAUUUUUCAAUCGCCAGUGUAAGGACUUUAGUCUCUGUUCUGCUCCGAAUGAAUGAUAUGAACACUUAUAGUGUGCGGUUGAUUCCGUUUGUGUUGCAAUUAACGGGGUUAGGACGUAAUGUGGCCGGGGGUGCGAAACGAACAAAGGUCGGGUUUGCCUAGAGAGGGAUUUUGUGUGAAAGUUUAUUCAGCUCAGCGAGUGGUCGACAUUGGAGUUGUUAUUAAAACUAAUGUUACGUCGGUAGGCGAGAUGAUCGAAGUGUAUGUAUAGAAUAUUUCAAAGGCGGGUUCAAGUUCUGCUAAUGAGGAAAGGUGCGAAUGUCGCUGUGUUGGACGAGGGCCGCCGAUUUUGCGCCGAAAAUGGAACGGGCGCAGACGACAUUUGUAAAUUGUCUUCUGUUAGACGAGCGUCGUCUGUGGACAUCAACGAGCAAUUGUCCGUGGACUCCGUGUCGUGCUGUGUUUCCGAGAAAUUGUCGUCUGAAGAUACCGAGAAAACUUCGCCUUCAAAUGGAAUUACUAUUGCGCGCUCGACAUUCUCAAAACGCAGUAGAUGUGCGGUUUUGUUUAGUGUUGUUCAGAAAGUAAACAUGUGUUUAAUAGUUAUGUUUGUCGUGUACUUUGUGUGGACUAUUUCCAGUAUCUAUGGUAACCGGCAUUCUAUGGAAGGAGCGGCAUCAGGGAAUCAAUCCGCUCUCACAAAUCACACUCCAAAGGUUGGACACUUCUCCAUCUUCUCAGGGUUUGUGGACGUCCACUCGUCAGGCACGAGAACGUUAAACGAGUCUGUCAUCGAGCAAACGAACACGUCACGAUUGACCAUAUCGGAAAGUAGCAGACGGCUACGAAAACACCAGGAGAGAAAGAACCGCAAUAGAACAUUGAACAUGCGCGCCGGAGUCCAGAAGGACGCACCUACGACAAUGUUCAAAGACGAUUCAAACCUUGAAGACAGUCCGAACUCACACAAAACCCCCAAAAAUAUUUGUAAUGAAUGCACAAUUUCUAAAAGGAAAGGCCGGAAAAGUUUGGAUGUGCAUAAUUUGAGUCCCACGUUGCUGCGGAAAAUUUUAGAAAAAGUAGCAGACGACACAUUGUCUGGUGCGCGUUCAGGAGACGGAACCAUAUCCAGUAUUGUCGGCGACAGGGCGGGAGCGGCUCCCAGCGAGCGCGUGAGCACGGGAUGGAGCCAGGAGCAACACUGGCGGGAAAUUGCAGAAGGAGAGUUGGUGCUUGUGGAUAACACGGAACGCGACAGUGUGAUCGGUGCAGAAGCGGUCUCACCGUGGUCGCCAUGGUCACCGUGCUCCACUUCCUGUGGUGCGGGACAACAGGAGCGCAUGCGCAAAUGCGGCUCCGCAUGCACGGAGGUGGAGUCGAUGGUGUGUCUGCAGCCGACGUGUGCAGACGGGAGUGCAGGUGGGGACUCAAGCGCUAUCAGCGAGUUCUACAGAUGGGAAGGUGUCGGGUUCAUGCCCCCACUGGAGCAGCCGGAUCAGCAGGACCUAGAUACCGGAGAGGAUGUGUGUUCUAAGUGGGUGAAAUGCUACUCAAACUUUGCUCAAGAUUUCAUCAGAAAUGCAUCACUUCCCGGAUGUCCAUGCUUUUUUCCCUUGGUACGGGUAAAAACGAAAGUGAUAUAUGACGUCAAACUUGGCAGUGACGUCAGAUGGGUCGAUAUCAGCAAACAUGCGGACCUGGUGUACAAGCCCGGCGCCCGGGCGUGCAUGAGGUCAACCCUAGCCCCGGGGACGCUCACACUUGCGGUCCAGCAGUGUUGCUAUGACGAUGAUUAUUCCCUCGUCACUCGGGGCAGCGCUGCUGGCACGCCCAUGCUGAUAAGCCCGGAUAUUUCUCAGGAGCUCCAUUACAAGAUUGACCUUCUUCCCUGGAUCAUAUGUAAAGGAGACUGGACGAAGUACAACGAGGUGAUCUCCCCUAACAACGCGUUCCAUUGCGGCACCAACCCAGACGACGAGGGCUUUAACUUUCAGAAGAGUCUGCUUGGAAAUUACUGAUUGGUUGACAGAGUCGUUAAGAUGGUUGACAGAGUCGUUAAGAUGGUUGUCAGAGUCGUUAAGAUGCACGGUCGUCUGUCUGAUUGGUUGUCAAAGUCGUUAAGACGCACGGUCGUCUGUGAAGAUCGUCUGUUUGUGAAUACGAACCUUAUAUGUCGUACAGGGACGUAUCAGGGACUCUAGAAGCAAAUCGACGAGUCACAUCAGUUAGUGGUGGUAUAGCCGAUAACGUUGUUCUGAUGAUUGAUCAAAAGCUCAUGUUAUUUUGUUGUUGAGGUGCGUCCAUUACUUUAUCGUCAUUUUCAUGACAAAUUAUAGGAUUGUAUCAACUGAUUUUAUAAGACCAUUAAAAUUGACACUAAAACUUCCGUCGAAAUCACGAAAUGUUUUUAUGUGUUAAAUGUGAUCAAAGCAUUGGCAAGCUUACGGAGAUAAUCAACAUUUGUGUUUCACC